AUGGGUGGAACUGGUAAAAUUAAUCACUUGAUCAUCACCGCACCGUCUGCUCGGUUCGAGGAAGUCGUCCAGUGGUACAUAAAGACAUUAUGUCCUCUAGGAUAUAUAGAGCUUCAUCGCUUUCCCGGGACAGUUGGGCUUGGUCCUGAUGGCCAUGCUGACUUCUGGAUCUCCGCGAAGGAGGAUUGGACACAGAGCCCCAUUCACGUCGGGUUUACUGCUGCUGAUCAUGCCACCGUCGAAGCUUUUCAUAAGGCAGGUAUUGACGCUGGCGGUGAAUGCCAUGGUGCCCCGGGCUUACGAACACACUAUCAUGCAAAUUACUUUGCGGCCUUUUUGCUUGACCCCCUUGGCAAUAAUAUUGAAGCUGUAAAUAUAUUUCUUGUCCUUCUCGUUCUGGCCAAAGCACAGGGAUUAAUAAAAAUAUCACAGGUUGAUCACGGUAUGUGA